AUGUCUGCCCCAUCGUCUAUUUUCCGACCUUUCAGAGGUCUUGGCCUGGUAUCUUCUGAUGUUCCGUUUGCUGUUAAAUAUAAACCACAUUCAAAUGAAUAUAAUAUUUGUGUCCCUGUUGGAGAAAGGUUUAACGUUUAUCAAUUACCAAACCUCCGUUUCGUUGGAUUGAGCGACUGCCUACCGACUGAUAUUACGUCCUUUACAUCUGAUCGUUCGUUUAUCUAUGCAUCAUCAGGAAAUAUCAUUUACGCAUUUCGUGGGCUUCGACAUAUUCACUUCAAACUUGAAGGUCAUCAAUCUCCAGUUGUAAAAAUUCUUGCCUUUAAUAACCAGUAUCUCGCUUCAUAUGAUGAAUCUGGUGUUUUGAUAAUCUGGGAUCUUAAAGCCAGAGAAAGUAUUGCCGAGCAUACUUUUGACGAAAAUACUUUCAUCAUAUCUGCAAUUUGUCAUCCUACUGGUUAUGGGGAUAAAUUGCUCCUCGGAAGCGCUCAAGGGCCUCUACAGCUGUGGAAGUCUCUAUCAAAAAAACCUAUUUACUGGUUCAAAGGCUUUGACUCACCAGUAACCUGUCUUGUACAGGCUCCUUCUCCCGAUGUUUGUGCUAUUGGCUUAGGGAAUGGACAAAUCGUUUUGCAUAAUCUUCGAUAUGACACACCACUUAUCAGUGUUUCCCAGGAAGGAGGAGCCAUUAAGGCCAUCGAGUUCCGAACCGACACAAUGGGUUUGGGCGCCUCAGAACCACUUCGUGCAGCAGGUAUUAACAACGCCAAUGGUGACGACGAAUCCAUCUACCUCCUUGCUGGUGCACAAUCUGGCCAACUCGCCAUUUGGGAAUUAGAGAGCGCUGGAACUUGCCGAGCUGUCAACCAAAUUGAUGAAUUCCAUUUAGAUCGUAUCACCAGCAUGUUCUGCAUUCCCUCAGGUGAAUCAGCUGGUGCCUUGGUUUCAUUCUUCGACCGACCUGACGGUUCUCCUAGAACCUGUCAUAUCAAGAGUGGACAUUUCCUACCACCAAAUAAAAUCGCAUUUUGGACUGGGGGUUCAGCAGGUGGUAGUCUACUGGUUUCUGGUGGUCCCGAUUCACAACUAAGAAUCUUUUCUACAUUUAACGAACGCUACGAUCGUAGUUUGGGUCGUGCCUACUCUCCUCACAUGCCAUGUUCAAAGAAAUUCAUGAAUGCUCUUCAGAAAUUGCCUUUCCUUUUACCUGGCCCCAGUGCUAUUUCACUUUCUCCAGGACGUGCCCAUGAUUGGGAUUCAAUAGCUGUAGCGCAUUGCAACAGAAGGGAAGUCUCUACGUGGAAUUUUGUGAAAGCUGCGCGUGGAAAGCACUGGUUGGAUCCAAAACGAUUCCAUGGAAGAGGAGGUGAUGCUUUGAGAGUUCAUAAGCAUACAGUUGCCACGUGCGUGUUCGUUACAAGAUGUGGUCAUUGGGUUGUGAUUGGCUAUUCUUCCGGAGAUGUAGUCAAAUUCAACAUUCAAUCCGCUAUCGAAUAUGGAGCGUUUGGUGGUGAUGGAACUGCUCACGAUUCAAGAGUCGUUGGAGUCCACGUCUCGAGUGUCAAUCGCCUGGCGAUUACAGUUGGUGCUACUGAGGUGAAAUUCUGGACAUUUUAUGAUUGUAAGCUCAUUGAUGACAGUCUUACUUUGGAUGCACCACCAGUGUUUUCAAAGUUCCAUGAUGAAAGCGACGCUCUUGUUCUCGCUCUUACAACUGGCGAGAUUAUUUUAAUAAAUACUCUCAGUCGUCGUAUCAUUCGUCGUUUCCUCAAUCCAGGUUCCCAUCCUUGUACAGAUUUAACUAUUUCUUCUGAUGGGACUCUUAUGGUUACCGCCCAUCGAGGUGAUUCCCUCAUUAAAACCUGGGAUAUUGUUGAUUGCAAGCUUUUGGAUUGCUUCCGUGUCAGGCAGCCAGCUACGAGUGUAGCUUUCUCACCAGCGGAUGACCUGCUAGCAACAACUCAUGUGGCCUCACUGGGUGUCUAUUUGUGGGACAAUCGAGUCACUUACUGCCGCCUACAUCUUAAGCCCCUCCCUGAUGAUUAUGCUCCGCCUACUGAUUGCGAAAGUUCUGUGGAUUUGCCAAAAUUGGGUCUAUUGGCGAAAGCUGAUAUGGACGACGAGGAACAGAUGGAUGUCGAUUCUCAUCUAGAUGAUAAUGAAGAUGAACAACCCUCUGUAUACACAUCUCCAAUCCAACUUCAAGAUAAAUUGGCAACUCUCUCUGGUCUGCCCAACACUUUCUUCUCAGCCUUUCUCCAGCUAGAUGCCAUCAAGAAGCGAAAUGCUGAGGCAAUGAAGGUGGUCGAUGACAUGGGUCCUCCACAACUUCCCUUCUUCCUUCCAGCCAUUGAAACUACCUCGGGAAUGGCUUGGCUGGAUGAAGAAGAGGAGGAAAGUAAGGAUAGGAAUGGUACUAGACUCCUAGAAGACGGAUCUAGUAAUCACAAGGAGAUGGGUGAUGGGGCCCCCGCAGCGAAGCGUCUUAAAAAGGGCAAGAAGAAGGUAACGGUGGAGGAACUGGUUCUUGAUCCUGGAAGCACUAUCUUAAAUUCGGUGAUUGCCGCGGAUGGUUCCAUUGAUGCAUCAAAUAACGAAGCUUGUGAUGCACUGAUGUCCCGUCUACGACGACUAACACCUUCAGCUUUGGAUGCAGAAAUUCGUCUCUUAGCACCGACAAGAGAUGAGCUGCAAGAAGCAUUCAAUGCAGUGAAAACUGACAGUUCGGGCUUUGCUCUAUCUGCAAACCCCUACUCUCGUCUCUCUUCUUUCCUCUGCCUCCUUCUCAACGCAUUCCGUCGAAACCUCGAUGUGGACUUCGCCACUGCUUGUUUGGAUUGUCUUCUGCGUUUUCAUGGAGAUUUGAUCGCCAGACCGCCAAAGGCACCCACAGUGAGUCGAGCCGAUCAUCAGUCAUCAGACGACAACGAAGGAGUGGAUAUUUUAGACGUCGUAGCGACAGUUGAAGGUUCUCGUGCUGGAACUUUUAACGAUGCUCUAGAUGCUGCCAGACCAUUGGAAUUGGUGGAGGCGGUUUUGGAAGCGAAACGUGAAUCGCACAAUGUUCUUAAUAUGCAAAUUUCUAGGUCGAUUGCUCUGGUGGAUUUUGUGAGAAAUGCGACCAAUACGCUACAAAUGUAG